ACUACAGAUGCGGUCAUAAUUGUAGUACUGUCAAUUUUAUUAAUGCAACUUUUUAUUUAAUCUACUUAAUAAAAAUUAUUGCUUUGGUUAUCACUGAAAUAAUUGCUUUGUUUUCGAUAUUUAUUCUAACUAGUAAAAUUGGUGCAUUUUGCAUUUAAAAUGUGAACUCUUCUUUUCUUGACCGCGACUGUAUGUAAACAAAUUUUAUUUGUGUUUUGGUAGAACUCAGUCCAAUGACGAACCUCGACUUUGCACUCUUGCUGCCACUUUGCUUGCUGUUAACCUUGGAAAACUCAACGACCGCUGCCGAGAUGAUGGCCUCCCUGGUCAAGCCGGGGAUCUUCCGCCACCUGAUGUGCCGCAAUAACAUGUAUCCGCGCAGUGGCGUCCUCCGCUUCCCGGUGUCCGACGGCCAUGUAUUCUGGUCGGCGCCUUAUCCGGAUUACUGUCCACCGGUGUACACGGCGCCACAUAUAGGAGGACAAGUGUGGGCCGAUUCACCGCUGCCUAGCGAAACAUUCCAUCCGCAGUGGAAUCAGCUCGAUGGCCAGGUAAACCGAGAAUCCUUUCAUGGCGCUUACGAGGUGAAGAACGGAUUACCUCUUAACCCAAUUGGACGCACCGGGCUGAGUGGUCGAGGCUCACUGGGCCGGUGGGGUCCCAACCACGCCGCUGAUCCUAUCGUGACGCGCUGGAAGCGGGAUGCCGAGGGAUCCAUAGUGGCAAACUCAACAACCGGCAAAAACAUUAUUCAGAUGGUGGCCAUUCAGCGAUCGGACAAUAAACUUUGGGCUAUUCCUGGAGGCAUGGUUGAUCCCGGAGAGAACGUAAGCGUCACCCUCAAGCGUGAAUUUACAGAGGAAGCUUUGAAUUUCACGGACAAGGCAAACAUGGUGGAAAAGUUUUUCCGGGAAGGUGGCGUCCAUGUUUACAGCGGCUAUGUGGACGACUUUAGAAACACGGACAACGCCUGGAUGGAGACGACGGCCCUUAAUUUCCACGAUGAAGACGGCAAACAGGUGGGCCAAUUGGAGUUAAUGGCCGGCGACGAUGCCACCAAUGUGCGCUGGACGGACGUAGACUCAGAACUGAAGCUGCACGCCAAUCACGCGGAUAUCGUUCGGGAAGUGGUUUUCCUUCGGAAUGCUCAUUGGUAGCUACGAAACGAUUCUCCGAAUUUAAUUUAUCCUAUAUAAGGAUCAGACAGAUGUUUUUUAAAUAAUACAAAUUUUAG